AUGUCUAUGAUUCUCGGGAUUAUCGCACAAAGAACUCGCAUCAUACAGCAAGCCGUGACACCAGCUGCUAUCUUCAUCCGAGGUCUGGUUAUAUAUACCGGGUUCACUCUCCCUACGAGGAGCAUGCAGGGUUGGCCUCACUGGAUUAAUUAUCUAGACCCAAUCGCAAACUUUGGUAUCCUCGUUGGCUACAUCGUGUUCUUCGGAAUCGUAUACACGCUUGCGACACAAUGUCUUUCACUUGACCAAUCUAAGGGCGAAGUCUUGGUCUUCCGUCGGAACCGUGCUGCUGCGGAUGCUAAGAGGUUGCAAGAUGAAGAAUAUGGAACUAGCGCGACUGGAGCAGGGAAGACCGCUCUUAUUGACGUAUUAGCCGACCGCCUAACAAUAGGUAUAAUGAACGGUGAUAUUCUAAUCAACGGAAUUCCUCGCGGAGACACUUUUCAAAGACAGACCGGCUACGUCCAACAACAGGACAUUCACUUUGAGACGGCGACUAUUAGGGAAGCCUUACGGUUUAGCGCGGCCCUUCGACAUCCUUUUAAUAUUUCAGGAGAAGAGAAGUACGCUUAUGCAGAGGACGUUAUCAAACUCUUGGAUAUGGAACCAUACACUGAUGCAAUAAUUGGCGUGCUUAGCGAAUCCUUCAGAACUAGAUGUUCGCGAUAUUUACGCUAUUGGUCAUCUUCGCGUUCCUCGUUCACCAGACCAUGCCUCAGUUUAUCCCCCAGCGGCAGCAAUACGAAGCACGAGAACGAUCAUCCCGAGCGUACUCACAGUAUACUUUUCUCUCUCACUAAUAUGGUUGUUGAGUUGCCUUGGAACACGCUGGCAUCGUUCCUGAGUUUUGUUCCGUUCUGCUACCUCGUUGGCAUGAUUGAAAACGUCAUUCCGACAGAUUCUAUUACCGAGCGCGAUGGGUUUAUGUUUUUUCUACUCUGGACAGUCUUAGUCUUCGAGUCCACAUUCGCAGACAUGGUGAUUGCUGGCGUAGAAACAGCCGAGGUUGGGGCCGUUAUCGGUCUCCUUUUGUUCGCCAUGUCUUUUAUAUUUUCGGGUGUAAUAGUCCCUCGGAGCUCUCUACCUGGAUUUUGGAUCUUAGGUAUGUACCGGGUCUCACCAUUUACAUAUAUCAUCAGCGCUGUGCUCGCCGUUGGCGUUGCAAAUCACGAAGUCCGCUGCAGUACCCUUGAACUCUUGCACUUCCAACCUCCCAAGGGAGAGACUUGUGGCCAAUAUAUUGGCCCGUACAACCAGGUAGCCCUCGGCGCUGUAUACAACCUAGAAGCUACUUUGAACUGCAGUUUCUGCUCUCUAGCGAAUAUCGAUACUUUUCUUGCAUCCGUCGACUCGCUCUACGUCGACAGGCGGCGCAAUCUUGGCCUGAUCUGGGUUUACAUCGGUUUCAACGUUGCUGCCGCCUUACUCCUCUACUGGCCCGCCCGAGUCUCUAAGAAAAUAGAUUGGGAGCUUCUUCUGGAACUUAAGCACCGUAUUAUGCCAAAGCGUCGAUUUCGCGCGGGUCCUCAACAUUCAUGAGACCGCCGACAUGUUUUAGGGCUGGUUGCUAUUACCUGAAACUGACGUCGUCGCACUUACUUUCUCCGUAUUUUGAUCCCCUUUUAUGUAUAUUUCCUACCGUGAAACUGGAGCUUUGUGAAAUGUGUAUAGGGUUCUAGGUGUUGGGAUAAUAACUACCCGGAUAAUACCUUCCUUU